CGCCGUGGCCCUGCCCUGCCCCGCCAUGGCGUCCGAGGAGAGCGCGGACGCCGCGCGCCUGCUACCGAGUUUCGAGCGCCGCUUCCUGGCAGCGCGCACACUGCGCUCCUUCCCCUGGCAGUUUUCUCAUGAAGUGGGGGAUAUGAUGGUGCUGCUGUCAGAAUUACAGAAGAUUGAAGGACCUGAGGCAGUGCCUAACUCAUGAGCCUAGAAGAGAAAUUAAGGGACUCAUCAGGUCCUGAGCUGCUGCUGAAUAUUUUGCAGAAGACUGUGAAACAUCCUCUGUGUGUGAAGCAUCCGCCAUCAGUGAAGUAUGCCCGGUGCUUUCUCUCGGAGCUCAUCAGAAAGCACGAGGCCGUCCACACGGAGCCUUUGGACGAGCUGUACGAGGCGUUGGCAGAGGUCCUGAUGGCUGAGGAGCCCACCCAGUGUCACCGGAGCUAUCUGCUGCCUUCUGGAGACUCGGUCACACUCUCUGAGAGCACAGCCAUCAUUUCCCAUGGCACCACUGGCCUGGUCACGUGGGACGCCGCGCUCUACCUCGCAGAAUGGGCCAUAGAGAACCCGGCGGCCUUUGCUCACAGGACUGUUUUAGAGCUCGGCUGCGGAGCUGGCCUCACGGGCCUGGCCAUUUGCAAGAUGUGCUGUCCCAGUGCAUAUGUCUUCAGUGACUGUCACACCUGUGUCCUUGAGCAGCUCCGAGGAAACAUCCUUCUCAAUGGCCUCUCGUUGGAACCAGAUACCGCUGACCCUGCAAGGCACCCAGGACGUAAUGCCUACAACUCACAGAGCCCCCGGGUGAUUGUGGCCCAGCUGGACUGGGACGUUGUGACGGCCCCUGAGCUCGCUGCCUUCCGGCCAGACGUAAUCAUAGCAGCAGAUGUGCUGUAUUGCCCAGAAACUGUCCUCUCCCUGGUCAGAGUCCUACAGAGGCUCUCUGCUAGCCUGAAGGACCAGCAGGCUCCUGAUGCCUACAUUGCCUUCACCGUCCGCAACCCAAAAACCUGCCAGCUGUUCACUAGCGAGCUGGGCCAAGCUGGGAUCCCAUGGGAAGCCGUGCCUCAUCACGACCAGAAGCUAUUUCCCUAUGAAGAGCACUCAGACAUGGAAAUUUUGAAACUAACGCUAUAGAUUUACAAACGUUUUUAAGGAUUAACAUGAAAAUUAAAUCACCAUCCUGGAAAGAAUUUUCAUGUGGCAAAGCUGAUAAAAUUUUCACUGGACCUGAAUGCUUGAAGAAUGUUAAAUUCGGAAUGAGGAACUGAAAACUGUGUUCUAAUAAAAUAUAAACUAUUCACAUGGAUGCCCCUUUCUGUCACUAGUUCUGGUUCUUAAGUAAAUCUCUGUAAAUCAAAAAUGAAAAUUUUGGCUCAGAAGUAAGCAUUUCUGGGUGGCACAGCGGUUAAGCGUCUGCCUUCAGCUCAGGGCGUGAUCCCGGCGUUGUGGGAUCGAGCCCCAUGUCAGGCUCCUC